CUUUACUGUGGGUUAUUCAUCAAGCUUUAUGGUGGGUUAUUCAUCAAGCUUUACUGUGGGUUAUUCAUCAAGCUUUAUGGUGGGUUAUUCAUCAAGCUUUAUGGUGGGUUAUUUAUCAAGCUUUACUGUGGGUUAUUCAUCAAGCUUUACGGUGGGUUAUUCAUCAAGCUUUACUGUGGGUUAUUCAUCAAGCUUUACGGUGGGUUAUUCAUCAAGCUUUAUGGUGGGUUAUUCAUCAAGCUUUACUGUGGGUUAUUCAUCAAGCUUUAUGGUGGGUUAUUCAUCAAGCUUUACGGUGGGUUAUUCAUCAAGCUUUAUGGUGGGUUAUUCAUCAAGCUUUACUGUGGGUUAUUCAUCAAGCUUUACGGUGGGUUAUUCAUCAAGCUUUAUGGUGGGUUAUUUAACCAAGCUUUACUGUGGGUUAUUCAUCAAGCUUUAUGGUGGGUUAUUCAUCAAGCUUUAUGGUGGGUUAUUCAACAAGCUUUAUGGUGGGUUAUUCAUCAAGCUUUAUAGUGGGUUAUUCAUCAAGCUUUACUGUGGGUUAUUCAUCAAGCUUUACUGUGGGUUAUUCAUCAAGCUUUACUGUGGGUUAUUCAUCAAGCUUUAUGGUGGGUUAUUCAUCAAGCUUUACUGUGGGUUAUUCAUCAAGCUUUAUGGUGGGUUAUUCAUCAAGCUUUAUGGUGGGUUAUUUAUCAAGCUUUACUGUGGGUUAUUCAUCAAGCUUUACGGUGGGUUAUUCAUCAAGCUUUACUGUGGGUUAUUCAUCAAGCUUUACGGUGGGUUAUUCAUCAAGCUUUAUGGUGGGUUAUUCAUCAAGCUUUACUGUGGGUUAUUCAUCAAGCUUUAUGGUGGGUUAUUCAUCAAGCUUUACGGUGGGUUAUUCAUCAAGCUUUAUGGUGGGUUAUUCAUCAAGCUUUACUGUGGGUUAUUCAUCAAGCUUUACGGUGGGUUAUUCAUCAAGCUUUAUGGUGGGUUAUUUAACCAAGCUUUACUGUGGGUUAUUCAUCAAGCUUUAUGGUGGGUUAUUCAUCAAGCUUUAUGGUGGGUUAUUCAACAAGCUUUAUGGUGGGUUAUUCAUCAAGCUUUAUGGUGGGUUAUUCAUCAAGCUUUAUGGUGGGUUAUUCAUCAAGCUUUACGGUGGGUUAUUCAACAAGCUUUAUGGUUGGUUAUUCAUCAAGCUUUAAUGUGGGUUAUUCAUCAAGCUUUACGGUGGGUUAUUCAUCAAGCUUUACGGUGGGUUAUUCAACAAGCUUUACGGUGGGUUAUUCAUCAAUCUUUUUGGUGGGUUAUUUAUCAAGCUUCAUGGUGGGUUAUUCAUCAAGCUUUAUGGUGGGUUAUUCAACAAGCUUAAUGGUGGGUUAUUCAUCAAGCUUUAUGGUGAGUUAUUCAACAAGCUUUUUGGUGGGUUAUUCAACAAGCUUUUUGGUGGGUUAUUCAACAAGCUUUUUGGUGGGUUAUUCAACAAGCUUCAUGGUGGGUUAUUCAACAAUCUUUUUGGUGGGUUAUUUAUCAAGCUUCAUGGUGGGUUAUUCAUCAAGCUUUAUGGUGGAUUAUUCAACAAGCUUAAUGGUGGGUUAUUCAUCAAGCUUUAUGGUGAGUUAUUCAACAAGCUUUUUGGUGGGUUAUUCAUCAAUCUUUUUGGUGGGUUAUUUAUCAAGCUUCAUGGUGGGUUAUUCAUCAAGCUUUAUGGUGGGUUAUUCAACAAGCUUAAUGGUGGGUUAUUCAUCAAGCUUUAUGGUGGGUUAUUCAUCAAGCUUCAUGGUGGGUUAUUCAACAAGCUUUAUGGUGGGUUAUUCAACAAGCUUUAUGGUGGGUUAUUCAUCAAGCUUUACUGUGGGUUAUUCAUCAAGCUUUACGGUGGGUUAUUCAUCAAGCUUUACGGUGGGUUAUUCAUCAAGCUUUAUGGUGGGUUAUUCAUCAAGCUUCAUGGUGGGUUAUUCAUCAAGCUUUAUGGUUGGUUAUUCAUCAAGCUUUACUGUGGGUUAUUCAUCAAGCUUAAUGGUGGGUUAUUCAACAAGCUUUAUGGUGGGUUAUUCAUCAAGCUUUAUGGUGGGUUAUUCAUCAAGCUUCAUGGUGGGUUAUUCAACAAGCUUUAUGGUGGGUUAUUCAACAAGCUUUAUGGUGGGUUAUUCAUCAAGCUUUACUGUGGGUUAUUCAUCAAGCUUUACGGUGGGUUAUUCAUCAAGCUUUACGGUGGGUUAUUCAUCAAGCUUUAUGGUGGGUUAUUCAUCAAGCUUUACUGUGGGUUAUUCAUCAAGCUUUACGGUGGGUUAUUCAUCAAGCUUUACGGUGGGUUAUUCAUCAAGUUUUAUUGUGGGUUAUUCAACAACAUUUACAGCACCUGGUAAAAUGACCACCUGGGUUCUGAAACCUGUUUGACAAAUAAUAGAUUCUGUCUGCGUCCCAAAUUACACCCUUUCCCCCAUAUAGUGCACAACUUCUGAUCACGGCCCAUAGGGAAUGUAAGGAAUAGGUUGCCAUUUGGGACUCUAUGUCUCAUGCCUUUUACGUCGCCUGUUCAGGGUGAUAGGAAGUGUACAGAGCAUGUGUUGAUUGUUUUGUUCUACCUUGCAGAUGUGUUGUAUCGGUUCAAGACUUUGGGCAUUCACACAGACAAUAAGCUUUAUGAAUGACUCCUACUGAACUAGAGUCCUAGGGUUUGUGCCAAAUGGCACCCUAUUCCCUAUGGGUUCUGGUCAAAAGUAGUGCACUACAUUGGGAAUAGGGUGCCAUUUGGGACUCAAUCAUACUAUACAGUGGAUUUACUUUGCUGUUAUUCUCCAUGAGUAGCCUACACAGCGAAUCAGUUAACAACAGUCAUCUCUAUGCAGGGGUCGGUGCUCAACCGCAUGAUUUCCAUGGACAGUUAGAGGCUUCCCUUUCGUCCUAACUGCAGAGGAAUGGCACCGACAAUUUGACUUAAGUUCAUGCACAAUGGGGCCUUUAAGUGUUUGUGUGCGUGUGUGUGUGUGUGUGUGUGUGUGUUUGUGUGUGUGUGUGUGUAUGCCGUUAAUGCAAAUACUUUUCUUGUUUAACUAAGUGAAGGGGACUUUCCAACUGGUUCAAACUUGAAAUCCUGGAAAAACUCAAACUGAGUUAUAACAGGCUUGUUAGAAUGACUCAUUGCAUGCAAACACACACACACACGUACACAUACACAUGCACACACACACAUACACACACACGCACACACACACACACACACACACACACACACACACACACACACACUGACCAGUCUCUGUGCUCUGAGUCAUAAGCAGACUGCAUGUUCUGUCUACUGUAUGUAUGAAGGUGACAGACAGCACAGGUGGUCACUGUUAUGAUGAAAAGAGAGGGACAGCUGGUAUGAAAACAGAAAUAUAGAACGCAGGGAGAUCAGAGGGAUAUCAGAGGGAGAACAUAGGGAGAUCAGAGGGGAAUCAGAGGGGAAUCAGAGGGAGAUCAGAGGGCGAGCAGAGGGAGGACAGAGGGAGAACAUAGGGAGAUCAGAGGGAGAUCAGAGGGGAGGGAGAUCAGAGGGAGAUCAUAGGAAGAUCAGAGAGAGAUCAGAGGGAGAACAGAGGGAGAUCAGAGGGGAAUCAGAGGGAGAUCAGAGGGAGACCAAAGGGAGGACAGAGGGAGAUCAGAUGGAGAACAGAGGGAGAUCAGAGGGAGAUCAGAGGGUGAUCAGAGGGAGAUCAGAGGGGAAUCAGAGGGAGAUCAGAGGGAGAACAGAGGGAGAUCAGAGGGAGAUCAGAGGGAGAUCAGAUGGAGACCAGAACGAGAUCAGAGGAGAUACGAUCCACUCAGGAAAAGUAAUACAAGAGGAGAGAUUACAGGUAAAACACAAAUACAUUCACAUCAUUCACAGAUACUUGGAGUGGAGAGAGAGAGAGAGACAGAGAGACAGAGAGACAGAGAGAAAGAGAGCGAGAGAGAGAAAGAGACAGACAUACUCAGGUGUGAAACAGGGAAGAGACUCAGGGGGUAUGCUAAUUUGGUAUAGAGCAGACCUAACCCACUCUAUUAAAUUAGUCAAAACAGGAAAAUGUUACGUCUGGCUAGAAUUUAAUAAGGAAAUUAUCUCAACAGAGAAAAAUGUCCUCAUGUGUGCUACAUAUAUCCCCCCUCUAGAAUCCCCAUACUUUACAGAUGACAGCUUCUCCAUCCUAGAGGGGGAGAUCAACCAUUUCCAAGCCCAGGGACAUGUACUAGUCUGUGGCGACAUAAAUGCUAGAAGUGGACAAGAACCUGACCCUCUUAGCACACAGGGGGACAAACACCUACCUGAAGAUGACAGAAUUCCCUCCCAAAUAUGCCCCCCUAGACACAACUAUGACAAAAUAACCUACAAAAAUGGGUCACAGCUCUGUCGCACGCUGGCUCUGUACAUAGUCAAUGGUAGGCUUCGAGGGGACUCCUAUGGUAGGUACACCUAUAGCUCAUCUUUUGGCAGUAGUACUGUAGACUACUUUAUCACUGACCUCAACCUAGAGUAUCUCAGAGCUUUCACAGUCAGCCAACUCACACCCCUAUCAAAUCACAGCAAAAUCACAGUCUACUUGAACAGAGCAAUACUCAACCAUGAGGCAUCAAAGCCAAAGGCCAAUUGCAUAAUAUUAAGAAAUGCUAUAGAUGGAAGGAAAGUAGUGUAGAAACCUACCAAAAAACAAUUAGGCAACAAUAAAGUCAAUCCCUUUUAGACUGAAUUUCCUGGACAAAACGUUUCACUGUACUAGUGAAGGUGUAAACUUGGCAGUAAAAAAACCUAAACAGUAUAUAUCUGACCUCUCAGCUUCCCUAUCCAAUUUUAUUUAAAAUCAAAUCAAAUCAAAUCGUAUUUGUCACAUACACGUGUGUUAGCAGAUGUUACAGCGGGUGUGGCGAAAUGCUUGUGCUUCUAGCUUCGACAGUGCAGUUAUAUCUAACAAGUAAAAUCUAACAAUUUCACAACAUAUACCCAAUAUGUGAGGAAUGGAAUUUCAGAAUAUAUACAUAUAUGGACAAGCAAUGACAGAGCGGCAUGGACUAAGAUACAGUAGCAUAUUAUAGAAUAGAAUGCAGUAUAUACAUAUGAGAUGAGUAGUGCAAGAUAUGUAAACAUUAUUAAAGUGACUAGUGUUCCAUUUCUUAAAGUGGCCAGUGAUUUCAAAUAGGCAACAGCAGCCUCUAAUGUGCUAGUGAUGGCUAUUUAACAGUCUGAUGGCCUUGAGAUAGAAGCUGUUUUUCAGUCUCUCUGUCCCAGCUUUGAUGCACCUGUACUGACCUCGCCUUCUGGAUGAUAGCGGGGUGAGCAGGCAGUGGCUCGGGUGGUUGAUGUCCUUGAUUAUAUUUUUGGCCUUCCUGUGACAUCGGGUGCUGUAUGUGUCUUGGGCGGGUAGUUUGCCCCCGGUAAUGUGUUCGGCACACUGCACCACCAUCUGGAGAGCCCUGCGGUUGCGGGCGGUGCAGUUGCCGUACCAGGCGGUGAUACAGCCUGACAGGAUGCUCUCAAUUGUGCAUCUGUAAAAGUUUGUGAGGGAUUUAGGUGCUAAGCCAAAUUUCUUCAGGCUCCUGAGGUUGAAGAGGCUCUGUUGCGCCUUCUUCACCACACUGUCUGCGUGAGUGGACCAUUUCAGUUUGUCAGUGAUGUGUACGCCAAGGAACUUGAAGCUUUCCACCUUCUCCACUGCGGUCCCGUCGAUGUGGAUAGGGAGGUGCACCCUCUGCUGUUUCCUGAAGUCCACAAUCAUCUCCUUUGUUUUGUUGAUGUUGAGUGAGAGGUUAUUUUCCUGGCACCACACUCCCAGAGCCCUCACCUCCUCCCUGUAGGCGAUAUCAUCAUUGUUGGUAAUCAAGCCUACUACUGUUGUGUCAUCUGCAAACUUGAUGAUUGAGUUGGAGGCGUGCAUGGCCACGCAGUCAUGGGUGAACAGGGAGUACAGGAGGGGGCUGAGCACGCACCCUUGUGGGGCCCCAGUGUUGAGGAUCAGCGAAGUGGAGAUGUUGUUUCCUACCUUCAUCACCUGGGGGCAGCUUUCUUGGGUACAGGAACAAUGUUGGCCAUCUUGAAGCAUGUGGGAACAGCAGACUGGGAAAGGGAGAGAUUGAAUAUGUCCGUAAACACACCAGCCAGCAGGUCUGCGCAUGCUCUGAGGACGCGGCUAGGGAUGCCGUCUGGGCUGGCAGCCUUGGGGGGGUUAACAUGCUUAAAUGUCUUAAUACCGUCAGCCACAGAGAAGGAGAGGCCAUAGUCCUUGGUAGUGGGCCUCGUCAGUGGCACUGUGUUAUCCUCAAAGCGGGCAAAGAAGGUGUUUCGCUUGUCUGGAAGCGAGACGUCGGUGUCGGCGACAUGGCUGGUUUUCCUUUUGUAGUCUGUGAUUGUCUGUAGACCCUGCCACAUACGUCUCGUGUAUGAGCCAUUGAAUUGUGACUCCACUUUGUCUCUAUACUGAUGUUUUGUCCGUUUCAUUGCCUGGCGGAGUGAGUAGCUACACAGUUUGUAUUCUGCAAUAUUCCCAUUCACCUUGCCAUGGUUAAAUGCAGUGGUUCGCGCUUUCAGUUUGCUGCCAUCUAUCCACGGUUUCUAGUUAGGGUAGGUUUAAAUAGUCACAGUGGGCACAACAUCACCUAUACACUUCCUGAUAAACUCAGUCACCGUUUCAGUGUAUUCGUCUAGAUUAUUUUUGCAAGCUACCCAGAACAUAUCCCAGUCCGCAUGAUCAAAACAAUCUUGAAGCGUGGAUUCUGAUUGGUCAGACCAGCGUUGAAUAGUCCUUAGCACAGGUAUUUCCUGUUUGAGUUCCUGCCUAUAGGAAGGGAGGAGCAAAAUGGAGUCAUGGUCAGAUUUGCCGAAAGGAGGGCGGGGGAGGGCCUUAUAACCAUCCCGGAAAUUCGAAUAGCAAUGGUCAAGGAUUUUAGCAGCGCCAGGGAUAGGAUAAAGUAAUCCUUCCACCCCCCCUUACCCCACCCCAAAUAAAUAAAAAAAUAAAAAUAAAAAUAAUAAAAUAAUAAAAAAUUAAAUAAACAAAUGAAGAGAUAAAAUAAAAAUUAAAUAUUUAAAAUAAAUAAUAAUAAAAAUUAAAAAUUUAAAUUUAAAAAAAAGGAAAAAAAGGAAAUAAAUUAAAAACAACAAAAAUAUGAAAAAUAUGAAGCAAAAUAAAAAUAAAAUAAUAUUUAAAAAUAAUAAAAUAAAAUACAAAAAUAUAACAUAUUUACAUUUACAUUUUACUCAUUUAGCAGACGCUCUUAUCCAGAGCGACUUACAGUUAGUGAGUGCAUACAUUUAUUGUAAAGUGGUUAUCCUACUGGCUAUGAGGUGAAUGCACCAAUUUGUAAGUCGCUCUGGAUAAUAAAAAUAGAAAAAUAAAAAGUAAAAAACAAAAGAGAAAAAAAUAAUUAAAUUAAACAACAAAAAUAAAAAAUUAAUAAAUGGAACUAAAAAAAAGUCAUACAUUUAUAAGAAAAAAUAUAUAUACACUGCUCAAAAAAAUAAAGGGAACACUUAAACAACACAUCCUAGAUCUGAAUGAAUGAAAUAAUCUUAUUAAAUACUUUUUUCUUUACGUAGUUGAAUGUGCUGACAACAAAAUCACACAAAAAUUAUCAAUGGAAAUCAAAUGUAUCAACCCAUGGAGGUCUGGAUUUGGAGUCACCCUCAAAAUUAAAGUGGAAAACCACACUACAGGCUGAUCCAACUUUGAUGUAAUGUCCUUAAAACAAGUCAAAAUGAGGCUCAGUAGUGUGUGUGGCCUCCACGUGCCUGUAUGACAUCCCUACAACGCCUGGGCAUGCUCCUGAUGAGGUGGCAGAUGGUCUCCUGAGGGAUCUCCUCCCAGACCUGGACUAAAGCAUCCGCCAACUCCUGGACAGUCUGUGGUGCAACGUGGCGUUGGUGGAUGGAGCGAGACAUGAUGUCCCAGAUGUGCUCAAUUGGAUUCAGGUCUGGGGAACGGGCGGGCCAGUCCAUAGCAUCAAUGCCUUCCUCUUGCAGGAACUGCUGACAGACUCCAGCCACAUGAGGUCUAGCAUUGUCUUGCAUUAGGAGGAACCCAGGGCCAACCGCACCAGCAUAUGGUCUCACAAGGGGUCUGAGGAUGUCAUCUCGGUACCUAAUGGCAGUCAGGCUACAUCUGGCGAGCACAUGGAGGGCUGUGUGGCCCCCCAAAGAAAUGCCACCCCACACCAUGACUGACCCACCGCCAAACCGGUCAUGCUGGAGGAUGUUGCAGGCAGCAGAACGUUCUCCACGGCGUCUCCAGACUCUGUCACGUCUGUCACAUGUGCUCAGUGUGAACCUGCUUUCAUCUGUGAAGAGCACAGGGCGCCAGUGGCGAAUUUGCCAAUCGUGGUGUUCUCUGGCAAAUGCCAAACGUCCUGCACGGUGUUGGGCUGUAAGCACAACCCCCACCUGUGGACGUCGGGCCCUCAUACCACCCUCAUGGAGUCUGUUUCUGACCGUUUGAGCAGACACAUGCACAUUUGUGGCCUGCUGGAGGUCAUUUUACAGGGCUCUGGCAGUUCUCCUCCUGCUCCUCCUUGCACAAAGGCGGAGGUAGCAGUCCUGCUGCUGGGUUGUUGCCCUCCUACGGCCUCCUCCACGUCUCCUGAUGUACUGGCCUGUCUCCUGGUAGCGCCUCCAUGCUCUGGACACUACGCUGACAGACACAGCAAACCUUCUUGCCACAGCUCGCAUUGAUGUGCCAUCCUGGAUGAGCUGCACUACCUGAGCCACUUGUGUGGGUUGUAGACUCUGUCUCAUGCUACCACUAGAGUGAAAGCACCGCCAGCAUUCAAAAGUGACCAAAACAUCAGCCAGGAAGCAUAGGAACUGAGAAGUGGUUUGUGGUCACCACCUGCAGAACCACUUCUUUAUUGGGGGUGUCUUGCUAAUUGCCUAUAAUUUCCACCUGUUGUCUAUUCCAUUUUCACAACAGCAUGUGACAUUUAUUGACAAUCAGUGUUGCUUCCUAAGUGGACAGUUUGAUUUCACAGAAGUGUGAUUGACUUGGAGUUACAUUGUGUUGUUUAAGUGUUCCCUUUAUUUUUUUGAGCAGUGUAUAUAUAAAAUAAAAAAGAACAUAUUGUAAAGUGGUUAUCCCACUGGCUAUGAGGUGAAUGCACCAAUUUGUAAGUCGCUCUGGAUUAGAGCGUCUGCUAAAUGACGUAAAUGUAAAAUGUAAAUGUACAACAGUCGAUAUGUUGAUAGAACUUCGGCAGCAUAGUCCUCAAAUUUGCUUUGUUAAAAUACCCAGCUACAAUAAAUGCAGCCUCAGGAUAUGUGGUUUCCAGUUUGCAUAAAGUCCAGUGAAGUUCUUUGAGGGCCGUCGUGGUAUCGGCUUGAGGGGGGUAUACACAGCCGUGACUAUAACCGAAUAAAAUUCUCUUGGGAGAUAAUACGGUCGGAAUUUGAUUGUGAGGUAUUCUAGGUCGGGUGAACAAAAGGACUCGAGUUCCUGUAUGUUACUACAAUUAUACCAUGAGUCGUUAAUCAUGAAACACACACCUCUGCCCUUCUGCUUCCCGGAGAGCUAUUUACUCCUGUCUGCGCGAUGAACUGAGAACCCAUCUGGCCUGACCGAUUUCGAUAGAAUAUCCCAAGAGAGCCAUGUUUCUGUGAAACAAAGUAUGUUACAUGCGUUGAUGUCCCUCUGGAAAGAAAUCCUUGCCCGGAGCUCGUCGAACUUGUUAACCAGAGACUGAACAUUAGCGAGUAGUAUACUUAGAAGCGUUGGGUGGUGUGCAUGCCUCCUAAGUCGAACCAGCAGGCCACUCCGAGUGCCUCUCCUCCACCGGCGACGUUUUGGGUCAGCCAAGGGAUCAAUUCAGUUGCCAUGGGGAGAGCAAACAAAGGAUAUGCUUCGGGAAAGUCUAAUUCCUGGUCGUAAUGCUGGUGAGUUACUGCCGCUCUGAUAUCUCCAAUAGUUCUCCCCGGCUGUAUGUAAUGAUACAAACACAUUCUGAGCAAAUGUACAAAAUAAUACAUAAAAAAACAAAAUACUGCAAAGUUUCCUAAGAGCUAGUCGUCGCCAGGUACAACCAGACAACCUACGAAAAUUAACAACAGUGACAAAUGGUUUGAUGAAGAAUGCAAAAACCUAACAAAGAAAUUGAGAAACUUAUCCAACCAAAAACAUAGAGACCCAGAAAACCUGAGCCUACGCCUUCACUAUGGUGAAUCACUAAAACAAUACAGAAAUACACUACGGAAAAAGAAGGAACAGCACGUCAGAAAUCAGCUCAAUGUAAUUGAAGAAUCCAUAGACUCUAACCACUUCUGGGAAAAUUGGAAAACACUAAACAAACAACAACAUGCAGAGUUAUCUAUCCAAAACGGAGAUGUAUGGAUAAACUACUUCUCCAAUCUUUUUGGCUCUAUAACAAAGAACAAACAGCAAAAACAUAUACAUGAUCAAAUACAAAUCUUAGACUCAACUAUUAAAGACUACAACAACCCAGUGGAUUCUCCAAUUACAUUGAAUGAACUACAGGACAAAAUGCAAACCCUACAACCCAAAAAGGCCUGUUGUUUUGAUGGUAUCCUAAAUGAAAUGAUAAAAUAUACAGAGCACAUAUACUUAAACUCUUUAACAUCAUCCUCAGCUCUGGCAUCUUCCCCAAUAUUUGGAACCAAGGACUGAUCACCCCAAUCCACAAAGUGGAGACAAAUUUGACCCCAAUAACUACCGUUGGAUAUGCGUCAACAGCAACCUUGGGAAAAUCCUCUGCAUUAUCAUUAACAGCAGACUAGUACAUUUCCUCAGUGAAAACAAUGUACUGAGCAAAUGUCAAAUCGGUUUUUUACCAAAUUACCAUAAGACAGACCACGAAUUCACCCUGCACACCUGAAUUGACAAACAAACAAACCAAAACAAAGGCAAAGUCUUCUCAUACUUUGUUGAUUUCGAAAAGCUUUUGACUCAAUAUGGCAUGAGGGUCUGCUAUACAAAUUGAUGGAAAGUAGUGUUGGGGGAAAAACAUACGACAUUAUAAAAUCAAUGUACACAAACAACAAGUGUGUGGUUAAAAUUGGCAUAAAACACACACAUUUCUUUCCACAGGGCCGUGGGGUGAGACAAGGAUGCAGGUUAAGUCCCCAGGUUAAGCCCCACCCUCUUCAACAUAUUUAUCAACGAAUUGGCGAGGGCACUAGAACAGUCUGCAGCACCAGGCCUCACCCUACUAGAAUCUGAAGUCAAAUGUCUACUGUUUGCUGAUGAUCUGGUACUUCUGUCCCCAAGCAAGGAGGGCAUACAGCAGCACCUAGAUCUUCUGCACAGAUUCUGUCAGACCUGGGCCCUGACAGUAAAUCUCAGUGAGACUAAAAUAAUUGUGUUCCAAAAAAGGUCCAGUUGCCAGGACCAUGAAUACAAAUUCCAUCUAGACACCGUUGCCCUAGAGCACACAAAAAACUAUACAUACCUCAGCCUAAACAUUAGAGCCGCAGGUAACUUCCACAAACCUGUGAACGAUCUGAGAGACAAGGCAAGAAGGGCCUUCUAUGCCAUCAAAAUGAACAUAAAAUACUUGAAUCAUUGCCCUUUAUGGUUGUGAGAACGGGUGUCCGCUCACCAACCAAGAAUUCACAAAAUGGGACAAACCUCAAAUUGAGUCUGAAUGCAGAAUUCUGCAAAGAUAUCCUCAGUGUACAACAUAAAACAGCAAAUAAUGCAUGCAGAGCAUAAUUAGGCCGAUCCCGCUGAUUAUCAAAAGCCAGAAAAGAGAGGUUAAUUUCUACAACCACCUAAAAGGAAGCGAUUCCCAAACAUUCCAUAACAAAGCCAUCACCUACAGAGAAAUUAACCUGAAGAAGAGUCCCCUAAGCAAGCUGUUCCUGGGGCUCUGUUUACAAACACAAACAGACCCCACAAAGCCCCAGGACAGCAACAAAAUUAGACCCAACCAAAUCAUGAGAAAACAAAAAUAUAAUUACUUGACACAUUGGAAAGAAUUUACAAAAAAACAGAGCAAACUAGAAUGCUAUUUGGCCCCAAAGAGAGAGUACACAGUGGCAGAAUACCUGACCACUGUGACUCACCCAUUAAUUAAGGAAAGCUUUGACAAUGUACAGACUCAGUGAGCAUAGCCUUGCUGUUGAGAAAGGCUGCCGUAGGCAGACCUGGCUUUCAAGACAAGACAGGCUAUGUGCACACUGCCCACAAAAUGAGGUGGAAACUGAGCUGAACUUCGUAACUUCCUGCCAAAUGUACAGUGCCUUGCAAAAGUAUUCAUCCCCCUUGCCGUUUUUCUUAUUUUGUUGGAUUACAACCUGUAAUUUAAAUGGAUUUUUAUUUGUAUUUCAUGCAAUGGACAUGCACAAAAAAGUUGAAAUUGGUGAAGUGAAAUGAAAAUAAUAACUCUCCAAACAGGUCAGGGACAAAGAUUUGGAGAAGUACAGAUCAGGGUUGGGUUAUAAAAAAAAUAUCCGAAACUUUGAACAUCCCACGGAGCACCAUUAAAUCCAUUAUUAAAGAAAUGGAAAGAAUAUGGCAACACAACAAACCUGCCAAGAGAGGGCCGCCCACCAAAAGGAGGGCAUUAAUCAGAGAGGCAACAAAGAUACCAAAGAUAACCCUGAAGGAGCUGCAAAGCUCCACAGCGGAGAUUGGAGUAUCUGUCCAUAGGACCACUUUAAGCCGUACACUCCACAGAGCUGGGCUUUAUGGAAGAGUGGCCAGAAAAAAGCCAUUGCUUUAAGAAAAAUAUAAGCAAACACGUUUGGUGUUCGCCAAAAGCCAUGUGGGAGACUCCCCAAACAUUUGGAAGAAGGUACUCUGGUCAGUUGAGACUAAAAUUGAGCUUUUUGGCCAUUAAGAAAAACGCUAUGUCUGGCGCAAACCCAACACCUCUCAUCACCCCAAGAACACCAUCCCCACAGUGAAGCAUGGCGGUGGCAGCAUCAUGUGUCGGGAUGUUUUUCAUCGGCAGGGACUGGGAAACUGGUCAGAAUCUAAGGAAUGAUGGAUGGCGCUAAAUACAGGGAAAUUCAGUCUUCCAGAGAUUUGAGACUGGGACGGAGGUUUUGAAAACAAAUCAAAUUUUGAUAAACUCCCAUAUCUAUUGGGUGAAAUACCACAGUGUGCCAUCACUACAGCAAUAUUUGUGACCUGUUGCCACAAGAAAAGGGCAAACAGUGAAGAAAAAACACCAUUGUAAAUACAACCCAUAUGUAUGUUCAUUUGUUUUCCCUUUUGUAAUUCAACUAGAGAGAGAGAGAUAGAGAGUGAGAGAGAAAGAAAGAGUGAGAGAGAUAGAUAGAUGGAUAGAUAGAGAGAGAAGAGAAGGGAGAGAGAGAGAGAGAGAGAGAGAGAGAGAGAGGAGCGAAAGAGAGAGAGAGGAGAGAGAGAGAGAGAGGAGAGAGGAGAGAGGAAAAAGGAAGGAGAGAGAGCUAAGAGAGAGAGAGAGCGAGAGAGAAGAGAGCGAGAGAGAGAGAGAUAGAGAGAAGAGAUCGAAGAGACCUCGAAGAGAUAUAGCGAGCUAGACAGAAUCUAGAAGCACCCGCUAAGCGAGACAAUAGAGAGAUAUAGCUCGCGCUCUCCGAGAGAUCAUCUAUUCGAUCUAUAGCUUAUAUCUCUGCUCUAGCCGGAGAGAUAUAGACUCGAGCGCAUCUCGCGAUCUAUCUCGCAUCGUCUCGCCUCUCUAUCUCUUCUCCCUCGCCUCUCUCGCUCCCUCGCUCGCUCUCUCUCCUCUCGCUCCUCUCUCGCUCGCCUCUUCUACGCUCGCCUUCCUCUUCUCUCUCGCUCGCUCUCUCGCUCUCUCUUCGCUCGCUCCUCGCUGCUCGCUCGCUCGCUCUCUGCGCGUCGCGCUCGCUCGCCGCGCGCGCGCUCGCCGCGCGCGCCGCGCGCGCGCGCCUCGCGCCCUCGCCGCACCGCGCGCGCGCGCUCGCGCCCCGCCCGCCGCCGCGCGCCGCCGCCGCGCGCCGCGCGCGCGCUCGCGCGCGCCGCGCGCUCGCUCGCGCGCGCGCGCGCCGCGCUCUCCGCUCGCGCGCGCGCGCGCGCUCGAGAGGAGAGAGAUGAGAGAGAGAAAGGAAGGAUAGAGAAGGAGGCUUCUCCUCUUCUUGAAAAGUCGAUUGCAUUUAUUUUCCUCGUUUUCAGAGGAGCGGAUGAAGUGGGUCGUCAGUUGUUGGAGGAGAGGCUGAAAUGUGGUCAUCAGUUGUUGGAGGAGAAGAUGAAAUGGGUCGUCAGUUGUUGGAGGAAAGGAUGAAAUGGGGUCGUCAGUUGUUAGAGGAAAGGAUGAAAUGGAGUCGUCAGUUGUUCGGAGGAGAAGAUGAAAUGGAGUCGCCAGUUGUUCGGAGGAGAAUAUGAAAUGGAGUCGUUAGUUGUUCGGAGGAGAAGAUGAAAUGGGGUUGUCAGAUCAACAAAGUUCCCCGAGUGGCGAGAGACGGUGUGGUCUGACAAUAUCGCUCUCUUGGAGAUGACAAGGCAAGUCAGAUGGUAGCUGUGUCAUGGCGAGACAUCUGCACACACACUCUAGCUGGAAAACACACACACACACACACACAGUAAGACAGAACUGGGUAUCAGUCUGCUGCUGCAGGACUCAGAUGUACAGCGGAAACGAGAGCACACACACACAGCGACACAGCUGCACUCUGUUUUCGUGGGCAUCGUGGGAGAGGAGAACAGGAUAAGGAGGAGAGAAGAGAAGAGGAGGAUGAGCGUAGAGAAAAGUAUUCUCGAAAAGUCGACUGCACCUCUUUUCUUCCCAGGAGGGGUAGAUCGUUUUCGGAGAAGUGGUUGAAAUGGGGUCGUCAGUUUUUUGGAGUCAGGGAAUAUUCUGCAGAGGAAUAGGAGAAACAAAAUAAAACGCAUAAACUUUAUCCUGCAGAGGAGAGGAACAGCAGAGGAGAGGAAAGGAGGAGGAGAGGAACAAAGAAUUUGGGGAGUUAAGAGUUUUGAGCUGCGCCACAUUCGUCUGUCUGUGGAUCCAUCACUGGCUGCAGAGGAGGGGAGAAACAGAGGGAGAGUAAAAUAUAGAAAGAUAGAGAAAGUGGGGAGGAGAGAGAGAAGCGAGUUACUCAGAUAAAAGAGGGAGGGAUGAGAAGAAAGGAGAGAGAGAGGGAGAGAAUUAUGGCGAGAGAGAGGGAAAUAGAGAGAGAGAGAGAUAGAAAGAGAGUGAUGGAGAGAGCUCUUCAUCUGCCAAAAACCUCCAACAUUUCUCUGUGGGGCACAGCGAUUCUGGGUCGUCUGUAAACCUGCGUUUCUCUUUCUCUUCUCCCUCUCUCCUGCACUCAGACACACACAGAGAUACAUGUGGUAUUUGGGGCGUCCGGUAACCCGGAACAACCCGGCCCCUCCAGGCUUUCCAGGCUGUGUCUGUCCUCGGCUAACCCAGGGAAGGUGUCCUGGGCAGGGGGUCAGAGGCAGGGGCGCUGUGGGUGGUGGAGAGAAGACACGGAGUGA